GUCGACGAGCAAACCAACGCCAUUUCAUUUCUGCUCUGAGCAGAGGUUACUCAGACAGAGCACACGCAAACGAAAGCAGAGAAGUUUCAAAUUUCACAAAUUUCAAUCUUGUGAAAUCAAAAUGGUGGCUACAUCGUAUGAAGAGAGUCGCCGGAAAAGAAUGGAAGAGAAUCGGAAGAGGAUGGAGGCUCUUAAUCUUCAUCAGCUCUCUCAAUCCCUUCACAAAUCAUCUUCUCCCAUUUCAAAACCCUCGCCGUCGAAGCCUCGCACCACGGAGAAGCAGCUUGUGGUUGUAAGAAGAUCCGGCCGUGUCGCCAACCUGCCUGCUCCUGUUUACAAAGAAAUUCUUGUUGAUCGCGUUAUAAUACCUAGAAGUAGAAAUUCAAGUGGAUGUAGUUAUGAUAAGUUCAGGGAUUAUUCGAAACGUGUAUAUGCUUCCGAUGAAGCUCGAGAGGAAGCAUUGGUCAAGGCUGAGAAGUUGCAGUCCGAGUUAAACUCACCGCAUCCGAUUUUUAUCAAGACAAUGCUUCAAUCUCAUGUCACUGGUGGUUUCUGGCUGGGUCUUCCAGUUCAUUUCUGCAGGAAAAACCUUCCAAAAAAGGACGAAGUGAUGACUUUGAUUGAUGAGGAUGGAAAUGAGACUCCAGCUACAUAUUUGGCUCAAAAAACAGGACUUAGCGGUGGAUGGAGAGGUUUUUCUAUUGCUCAUAAACUUGCUGACGGGGACGCUAUAAUUUUUGAAUUAGUUAAACGCACUACAUUUAAGGUGUACAUUAUUAGAGUGAAUGGCCCAUCAUUUAGAGGUUAAACAGCUUGAGUGAAAUUGAAGGUGGAGACGGGAGGCAGUAAUCUAGGUUCUAAUAUGCUCGUCCUGGAUUCAGUUUUUGGUCUAAUAGUUUGGUGUCUAACUUGUGUUUUUCUGUCACCUAUUUUGAGGUCCUACAUGUGAAAUGAACUCUUCUGCAUAUGUAUAAAUGAAUGAUUAGAGCUAUUCCUUAUGAUCUUAAAUAUUUCUUUACUUUAAAAAUCAAUAUUUGAAACGUAAAUAUAUUCUUGUGUUGACUUAAAAAAAUAUCUAGCUGGCUUUGCCCCAGUUUCUGGCUAAACCAGGAGCACAUACCAUAGAAAAAUCA